CACCUGGAGGGGGCGGUGGAGCGGAGGGCGGGUCCUACCACCUGCGGGAUAAAGGGGCGUGGACGCGCAGAACCUACUUUACCAAUCCUCCGGCUGGACCUUAGAGGAAAGUCGCGACUGCGCGUCCCGGGAAGGAAGCCAAGUUGAUGGGCUACACUGGGGACAGGGUGAGAGGUCUUGAGGGGCGAGUGGUGGUCUGGAGAGCCCUGGGCACCGCCCUGCUGGGACCCAAAUUCCUCGUGGGAACGAUGGUAAGCAGCACCUAAGUGCAAGCGCGCGGCCGAGGAGGGAAACCCAGGUGGAACAAGGAUUUUUGGAAGGAGGUCAUAGGGCACGAAGUUGUGCCUGCAGCUGUUACCAUAGAAACCGGGGACCGGAUGUGGCGAUCUUAGGGUGCGACAGCCGUGUUUUCUCAGGCCUUCUGGCCCGAGAGCCUGUCGACUCUAUGGCACACUAUGAGGAGCCGGCUGUAGGGUUUUUUCAGCGAGGGGAGGAGCGAGCAACUUUUUCUACAGCGUUUAUAGAAACGCAGCAAAGGAAAGGUUUGAGAUUGCUGCCAUGCCUGGCAGAGACUGAGGGAGGCGGCUGAUGUGAGAACAGCCGCACUAAGUUUCCCCGCAGCCUUCCGGAAGUGAAAUGGCGGGAGCCUCACCCUCCCUGUCCACUGCCCCCCCGGAAGCGGAAACAGAAUCUCAGCGUGCCCCUUCCUCACUGCCCUCCAAAUCCAGCUGCAGCCAUUGCGGCAACCACGAUGCCGAAACGAAAGAAGCAGAAUCAUCAGCAGCAGCAGCCGCAGCAGCAGCCCCCACUGCCAGAGCGGGAAGAGACUGGAGAUGAGGAGGAUGGGAGUCCCAUCGCUCUUCACAGAGGUCCUCCGGGAUCAAGGGGACCAAUGAUCCCACCACUGCUGAGUCUCCCACCUCCUCCCCGGGGCAGAGGCCCAAUUCGGGGAGGCCUAGGCCCCAGGUCUGGCCCAUAUGGUCGUGGUUGGUGGGGGGUCAAUGCUGAGCCUCCUUUUCCUGGACCAGGCCAUGGGGGUCCCUCCAGGGGAGGCUUUCACAAAGAGCAGAGAAAUCCUCGAAGGCUCAAAAGCUGGUCUCUUAUCAAGAAUACCUGCCCACCCAAGGAUGGACCCCAGGUUGUGGAAGACAAAUCUGACCGCCCCGUCUGCCGACACUUUGCCAAAAAGGGCCACUGUCGAUAUGAGGACCUCUGUGCCUUCUACCACCCUGGCGUAAAUGGACCUCCUCUGUGAGACUGUGCCUUCCCAUCCAGACUGGAAGGAGCCCUCUGACUUGGCGGCCAUAUACUUCCCUGUGGCCCUGUGAUGGCUACCGCGAGGCCAUUCACCUGCCACCCUCAGUCAGUGAUGCCCAGCUCCAUCACCACCUCCCCCACUCGGGGUCCAGAGCUGUGUUCCGUGACUGGUGCACGGUGUGCACUCUUCCUUCUGAUGCAGCCUCCAGAGACUCGUCUCCGGGACCCCAUCUUUGCUCCAUUCAACUGCCUCCUGGAUCCUCUUCCCCCUCGCCAGCUGACUGCAGAACAGGAAACCUCUUUGGUGCUGUUUCUUGUGCAUCUGUCCACCCAGCCCCAGGUAGCGCCCUGGAUUCCUGAGAGCCCUGGAGCAGUUUCCUACCAUUCCCUUCUCGCUGCUUGUUUUAAGUCCUUUUUAUGUGACACCCCCUUCCCCCAGUGUUGUCAGCUGCUCUGUGACACUCACCAGCUUGUCUGACCUGGGGUCAAGUUGGGAUGACUGGUGCAGAGUCACUCCUGAGAGGCCACGUUCCCUGCUUUUGGAUUUUGUAGUUUCUGCAUCAGUAGCAUGAUCUCCACUGCUAUGGUCUGUGAUCACUGUGCUUUGUGAGACUGUGCAUCCCCUCAUAGCCUUUCUCAGUGUCCAUGGCAUUUUUGUGACUUCCCAACGCUAGAGUGAGUUUUUCUGCCAAAAUGCGUGGGGCCGUUGGUGGCCUCUAGACUUUCCCCACCUCCCGACGUGGGAGAACUGUGAAACUUCCACAAGGCUGCCUGCCUGGUCCUCCCCAUUCUCCUGGUAUCAGUUUCUCUGGGUUUGACACAGGCCCGAGAGAUGUCCUCUACCCUAUCUCCUCUCCAGCCCGUUUUAGUUAGACUAUGUCAUUGUGAGGCCACCAGCCCUUUCGUUUGAAUUCUGUGAAUCUCCACCUGGUCUAACUGUGGGUGGAACUUGGACAGUACUGUCGCCCUCUUCCAACCUUCUUCCCCUGCAUCCCUGGCACUGGUUGUUUUCUGUGAAAACGGCAGUGAACAGGUUCAGUUUUGAACUGGCCCUGGGGAAAUGGGUCAGGAGUUGUGUGGGCAAGAGGGAGGGAUGAGAGCCGUUGGAGAACUGAGAAUGAAUUUUUUUUUUCUUUCUAACAUGUUUUUAUAUUAGUAAUAAAUGCAGCGGAAACAAGCAUUUUCUUUAAUCCCUGUGUUCCAGUCAUCUCAGGAGGUGCAGGUGAGGCUGUUCUUCUUGGAGUCAGUUUAUUCUUCAUUUAGUUCAUACGCAGUGUUGCUGGAAGUUUCUUCCAGUCUGAGGAAACCAGUGGCGUCCCAUUAACCCAUGGGAAUCAACCCGACCAGGUUGCGUUUUGUUCAAGGGUAAAGUUUUGUUGAGAAAAAGGAAAGGCCGGGUAUCCAUGGAGUAAUUUUUAAACAUUUUACCUGCAUUUAUGGUUUGAGGUUUAUUGAGUGGUAAUGACAAAGCAAUCUUUCAACAAAUAUCUCUAGCGUGCGUGUGGGCCAGGCAAUGUACUAGAUGCUAGAGAAAAUGGAGACCUGAAAUCAAUGAAUUUAAAAUCUACAAGAGGAGACACGUUAGUGAAGAAGUCACCAGUAUGCGUGAAGUACCUGUCAGAAGUGCUAUGAAGAAGUGAGACGGGGACUUCCCUGGUGGCACAGAGGUUAAGAAUCCACCUGCCAAUGCAGGGGACACGGGUUCGAGCUCUGGUCCGUGAAGAUCCCAUAUGCUGCAGAGCAACUAAGCCUGUGCGCCACAAAUACUGAGCCUGCACUCUAGAGCCCGCGAGCCACAACUACUGAGCCCACGUGCCACAACUAGCGAGCCUGCGCGCCUAGAGCCUGUGCCCUGAAACAAGAGAAGCCACCACAGUGAGAAGCCCCAGCUCGCAGCAACUAGAG